AAAAUAUUGUUUUUCUUUCCCAGCUCCUGAUAACACUCAGCUGGCUACAACUAUGGCUCAGUAUUGAAGAACUGGUCUCUUCUUUGAUGGACUAAAAUAUUUGAUGUAGUUUGAUGAGAUUAAUGGGUAUAAUAGUCACCAGGGAUAUGAGGAACAUAGGCAUUUUGGAGAAGGCAUCAUAGGGAGAUACUGCUGAGAAUUUUUAUUCUUUUCCAAAGACAACUUCUCUUGUGUUCUGCUUUUAGACAUCAGAACUUAUCUUUUCCACAACCCAACUGAUCAUUUUUCUAGAAUCUAAGGAAUUGGUGAGGAAGUUAAAGUCCUAACACCCUUUACCUAGAAUGAGAGCAUCAGCCUGAAUUAAUCAAAUGCACACAAUGCCUUUUCCUAUGAAAUGUUUUUAAGAUAUCCUUGGGUCAAAGGCAGAGAUUUUUAGAAAUGUAACCUCAUACAGUUAGAGGAUUUACCUUAGAUAACUUCUAAAGCUCACUUUUAGGUCUAAAUUAUGUAAUUCUCCUCCAAAAUCCUAUUUGAUUGAGGAAGAAACUGAAGAGCCCAGUAAGAUUCAGUGACUUAGUAUCACACAGAUAGGAGACAAGGCAACCACUGGGGCAGAACUGGAGUGUUGUCUGUCAGUCUGCCCUAUGAAAUGUAGAAAACUGGAAGUUAAAUUCAGAUUUAAAAUUGAUAAGCCCUCAAUUACAAAUUUAUUGCAAAGAAAAAUCUUUCAUUACAAAUUAAAACAGAAAUGGAUUAUGAAAAUCAAACCUUUGUGAUUGAGUUUUUAUUCAUGGGCUUAACAACUUGCUUCCAGUACCAGGUUGUUCUCUUUGUGAUACUUCUUUUGGUUUAUCUUGUCACUUUUCUGGAAAACUUGGGGAUGAUCAUCCUCAUUUGGAUAGAUUCCCGACUCCACACCCCCAUGUACUUUUUUCUCAGUCACUUGUCCUUUGUGGAUGUGUGCUCUGCUUCUGCCACUGGUCCCAAGAUGUUGACUGACAUCUUUGUGGAGAAAAAAGUCAUCUCUUUCUUUGGCUGUGCUGCCCAGUUAUGGAUUAUUUGUCAGUUUGUAGUGACUGGCUGUUUCCUCCUGGCUUCCAUGGCAUAUGACCGGUAUGUGGCUAUUUGUAAGCCCUUGUUGUAUACACUCAAUAUGUCCCAGCGGGUCUGUGUGCAGCUGGUGGUAGGGCCAUAUAUACUAGGUCUUAUAAGUGCCAUGACCCAUACGACGUUUGCCUUUCACCUCCCUUACUGUGGUCCAAAAAUCAUCAAUCACUUCUUCUGUGACCUUCUUUCGGUUCUCUCUCUGGCAUGUGCAGACACCCAGGUCAAUAAACUUUUGCUUUUCAUCAUGGCUGGAGCUCUGGGGGUACUCAGUGGCAUGAUCAUCAUGGUCUCCUACAUUUAUAUUGUCAUCGCCAUCCUGAAGAUUCGCUCUGCUGAUGGGAGGCACCGAGCUUUCUCCACCUGCUCUUCUCACCUCACAGUUGUCUCCAUCCUUUAUGGGACGCUCUUCUUUAUCUAUGUAUGUCCGAGUUCUAAUUUCUCCCUGGGCAUCAGUAAAGUGGUGUCUGUGUUUUAUACAGCUGUGAUUCCCAUGUUAAACCCACUUAUCUACAGCCUGAGAAACAAGGAAGUCAAGGAUUCAUUCCUAAGGAUGUUUGAAAGGAAGAAGUUCCUGAUGAGCAGGUGAACUAGAAUACCAUCUGUACUACAGAUCGAGACCUAAUCUACAUGGAAGAUGCAAGAACACGGACUGGCUGUUGGGAGUCCUUUUGUGUUGAGAAUCACUCUGUGUCAUUGACAAGUCACACAAUGUCUUAGGUGUCAAUUUUCUUCUGUUUGAUUUUUUCAUUUCUCAUCCUGCAGGAAUUAGAUGGAGAAUUUUAAACUGAGAUGGUUGAGUUAUUGAACUCCAAAACUUUAAAAAUGUUCUCAAGGCUUCUGACCAGGAAAGGAGAACUUCUUUGUUAAAUCCUUCAUGACCAGGGACUUAACAAUACUUCUGUUUUGUUUUACCGGGCAUUGAGAUCCAUCAAUUGUCUAAACUUGACCUUGACUUUUAAACAUAAACUUAAAAAGUGUGUUGUAGUCAAACAGCAGAAACUUCCAAUUACAUGGUA